CCCAGGCAUUGUUACUGGAGAUGGAGAAACUUGUACAGACUAUUGUGAACCUAAUGCAUGAUGAGCACCCUCGGGUGCGUUGGGCGACAAUACAUGCAAUUGGUCAGCUAUCAAAGUAUCUGAGUCCACAUUUUCAAGAGCAAUAUCAUCAGCAGCUACUUCCAGCUUUGACACAAGUACUGGAUGAUUUUGAGAAUCCUAGGUUGCAGGUACUUUACAUAGGCAGAAAGCUAGGCUAUUUGAGUCCACUGCUAUAGUAUUUCUAGGCACUUUCAGCUUCACUGUAUCUGCAAUUGAGCUCUACCGUUGUACUUAUGCUCAUUUGGCUAAUGUAUUGACGGUUUGAUCUCCGUUUGAGCAGCCGUUUCAGCUUUAUCAGCAUCUAAACUCUUUAACUUGCAAAUACAUAUUGUCACAUACUAAUACCAUCUCUUUUAAUAGACACGAGCAACUUCAGCUAUUAUGUUGUUCAGUCACAAUUGCAGUUCAGAUGUCUUGAAACUCUACCUACACAAGAUAGUGAAUAAGUUGGAAAAUGACCGUAAGGGUCAUUAGUCGUGUUUCCACAGAGAGGGAAUGCCUAUGAUGAAAGAAGCAGCUCUGGCAACUUUAGCCACAUUAGCUAUAUCAUCACAGGAGGACUCUGCAAUCAUAUACGAUUCUGUACGCCUUAUCUGAAAGUUGUCUUGGUAACCGCUAAUAAAGAUACAAGCCACAUGCUCCUUGCCAAAACCAUGGAAUGCAGUACUAUGAUUACAAUGGCUGUCGGAAAUCUAGGAAUCCUUGAUUAUGUUGAAAAGGUCAUUGCAGUGCUCAUUUCACUGCAACAAACUCAUAUGGAGGUAGAAUAUCCAAUGAGGAGCCUUUUGUUACAAGCAUGGGGGUAGACUAUGCAAGUGCUUGGGGGCAGAUUUCCUUCCUUAUCUGAGUAUUUUCAUGCCCUUUGUGAUAAAAUCUGUUCGGCUGAUGAACUAUUCGAGUUUUUCUAAUAGUUCAGAUACAAAUGAUUCUGAUGAUGAAAGCAUGAUUAAAGUCACUGUCGGGGAUAGCAAGAUGGGGAUACGAAGUGCGCUUCUGGAAGAAAAAGCAUUGGCUUGUCAUAUCCUAUGCUGCUUUGCAGCCGAGUUGAAAGGACUACAUUUGUGGGUUAAUGAGGUUAUUAGUGUUUUGGUUCCAAUGCUUACCUUUGAAUUAAGCGGCGGAAUAAGAACAGCUGCCAUUUCUGCAAUGUCAUUAUUGUUGCAAUUAGCGGCAUCUGCUAUGAAGAAAGGGCUUCCUGUAACAGGUUGUAGCAAGCCACCACUUCAAAAUCUGUUUGACACCAUAAUCAAGGCUUUGCUUGAUGCGUUAAAGGAGGAGUCUAAGAUACAAAUUCAGGCAAGACUAGUGGAGGCACUGAACGGAUGCAUUCUGGUAAGUCAUUUAGAAGACCAAAGGGUGUCGCCUUAUCUGAUGCAUUUAUAUAUGGAGUCAAAAGUUUUCUUUAAUUAGACUGAUUCUCAAUUUUGAUGAAAUGUUUGGAUAUUUAUGUACAUCGAAUACAAGCAUUCAAAGCUCAAGAGGAAAAGAGGCUCACCAUCAUUUGAGUGUGGUUGUUUUUUGUUAAGACUUAAGAGUCUCACAUCGGAAAAGGGAUGGACAACUGGUCUCCUUACAUGGAAUUGGACUAUACUCACCCUAAGUGCUAGCUUAUGGGGUUGGGUUAGGCCCAUGUGCCACACCUUUUCUUUUUUUAUCAUCAGGGUGAGGGAAUUCUUUGAAAAACAUGUCAAAUGAUAAAACAUGUGACAGUUCUUAUAUAUGGAAUUAAUUACCUUCUACAAGAUUGAGACUACACUUAUAUAAUAGUGUUACGGUACUGUCAGCGUAUAUAAGUUAAAAUUUGUUUUUCUUACGAUUCCAUCUCUCGGAUUUGAUUCCGCUCUUGGCGGUGGUAGUGCUUCUUCUUAGUUGGACGCUGAUUUGGAUCAGCUUGAUCAUCACCAGAAUUUUGGGCUUCCAUUAUAUCAGUACCAGAUCUGCUAUCGAGUUCUUCAUCUUGAAUAAAGUCCAUCUCAUUUUCUUGUGUUUUAUGGGCAGAGGACGAUAUAUCAAGCACAGUGAACCGCUAUGGAGUCGAAUCCAAAUCAAAUACAAUUAUUUGGAGGAGUGGAGCAUUUGUAUUUGGUUAAGAGUUGAUUCCAUAGUGUUCCCAUUUGCUUGACAUAUUGUCCCCUGGCCCAUAAAACACCAGAAAAUGAGUUGGACUUUGUUCAAGAUGCAGAAUUCGAUAGAAGCUCUGGCACUGAUAUCAUGGAAGCCCCAAAUUCCAGAGAUGAUCAAAAGCUGAUCCGAAUCAGCGUCCAAAUAUGAAGCAGCAAUACCACUGCCACACUCAGAAUCAAAUCCAAGAAAUGGUAUCGUAAAAAAAAUUUCUUACACUCACUGAUAGUACUGUAACACUAUAUAUUAGUGUACUCUCAAUUAAAGAAAACUUUUGACUCCAUAUCUAAAUGUAUUUAUAGCUCCCAGUCCUACUGCUAUUCUAAUACACAUUGGUUUAGAAUAGUUUUUCCUUUAUCCAAUCAUCUGUCACUACGAUGGGAUAUGCCAUAUUAUUGCUGAUUGUACACUAUUCUUCAUGUUUGUUUCCCUGAGCCUAUUUGAUGACUACAACAACAACAACAACAACAAACCCAGUGUAUUCCCACCUAGUGGGGUCUGGGGGUAAGAUGUACGCAGUCCAUACCUCUACCUCUGAUGAAGUAGAAAGGCUGUUUCCGAUAGAC